AUGAACAUUUUUUCUUGUUUUAGUUCAAGUGUGACUCCUGAGAGUAAUGACAGUAUCAAAGAGUCUAGCGAACCAUCGACUUCAAAAUCAUCCGCUGAAGUCAAAGUUACCAGAAAACAUUCGUCUGUGACAGUGAAAGCUGCUGGAGCUGGGAAAGUGCGGAUUUCUUCAUCGGUUGUGGAGAGCGCGACAGUAACAUCGAAGUCUCCUAGUCUACUAAGCGUCCGGAGGUCUUCACGAAGCCACACGCUGACCAAGAAAAUGCUCGAUUCGGACAUAGUGCUGAAAACUGGCCUAGCCACUCCAACCGUCUCCAAGCCUGUUGAUCCAAAUUCUGCUCUAGGAAUCUUGCAAAGAGUUUCAAGGUUUACACGUCCUAUACGAUCUCCAUCACCUCAACCGUUACCUGCCGCUCUUCCUCAUCCUUCUGAACCAACGAAAGAUACAAAUUCUGCUGUUCCUGUGACUGCUGAGAUUGCACCUGAAGCGGAAAAACCAGCCGAAAAGGUUGCGGAUAAUGUGGAGACAGUCGAAACAGCUACUGACAAAGACAAGGGUAACCAUUGCAUACAGCAUUGA